UCGAAGGGGUGGGUUUACUAGGCUAUCGGAUUCACAAACACACGCACAAGGCUUGGACAGUAUACAGAAGGAGCCUCAAAAUGUCGGGGUCUGAGUUUGAAUCUCUGGAGAAGAUAUUGGAGAAACAUAUUCCAGAUGAGGAACUGAAAGAAGUUAAACGAAUCUUGUUUGGAAAAGAAACCAAGAAGUUGGUUCUACCAGCAUGUGCAGUGGAGGCAGCUUUGGAGUGGGACUUUGAGCUUCAGGGGUACAUGUUUGAAGCUUCCAUGGAGCAGCUCAGGACCCCGAGAACUGUCCGGGUGGGCCUCAUUCAAAACCGCAUCGUCCUGCCCACUGAUGCCCCUGUCCUUGAUCAGAUCACAGCGCUCCACAAAAGGAUUGGUGAGAUGGUGGAUGUGGCAGCCAUGUGUGGGGUCAACAUUGUCUGCUUUCAGGAGGCCUGGACUAUGCCCUUUGCUUUCUGUACCCGGGAGAAAGAACCGUGGACAGAAUUUGCUGAGUCUGCAGAAGAAGGAUACACUACCCGCUUCUGCCAAGAGCUGGCAAAGAAAUACAAUAUGGUAGUGAUAUCGCCCAUUUUGGAGCGAGAGGAGGUACACAACGUUCUGUGGAACACGGCAGUAGUGGUCUCUAACUCGGGCAGCGUGUUGGGUAAAACCAGGAAGAAUCACAUUCCCCGAGUGGGAGACUUCAACGAGUCCACAUAUUACAUGGAGGGAAACACUGGCCACAAAGUGUUUCAGACCCAGUUUGGAAAGAUUGCUGUGAACAUCUGCUAUGGGCGCCAUCACCCUCUCAACUGGUUCAUGUACAGCAUGAAUGGAGCAGAGAUCAUCUUCAACCCCUCUGCAACUGUUGGAGGACUCAGUGAGCCCAUGUGGUCAAUUGAGGCUAGGAAUGCAGCUAUAGCAAACCACUGCUUCACCUGUGGAAUCAACCGUGUUGGGACAGAGCACUUUAACAAUGAGUUCACCUCUGGGGAUGGAAAAAAAGCUCACCAAGAUUUCGGUUACUUCUAUGGGUCAAGCUACGUGGCUGCUCCGGAUGGCAGCCGCUCACCAGGCCUGUCCAGAACCCGUGACGGACUCCUUGUGACCGAAAUGGACCUCAACCUGACCAGGCAAAUCAGUGACAAAUGGAGUUUUAAGAUGACUGGGAGGUAUGGAGAGUAUGCAGAGGAGCUCACCAGGGCCACCAAGCAGGACUUUAAACCCAACAUUAUCAAGGAGUAGAAGAUCCAUGUGUCCUGAAGGGAACUCUACAUGGAGACGUGCUGCACUGUAGACUGUAUCUCAAUGAGGACAUGAAGUCACUGUUGAGGCAGACAUGUCUAGUGCCAUCAAGAGUAUGAACAGACCAAUCAAGCCAGCCAUUUGCUCAAAUUAUUUUAUUGAUUACAGUACGUAAUUGGAAUUGUAAAAAAAUAAAGCCAUUUUAAUACCUAACAUGCUCACAACAAAUACACAACCAGGAAUAAAUUGUCUUCCCACCCAAUUAGUAGAUUGGGAAAAUAUCUUAUGUUAAAAUAUAAAUUAAAUAAUACAUAAUUAUGGCUGGUACAAAUACCAUAGUGCAAUAACAUCAUCCAUGAUACCAAAAUGUAAAAAUAAAUGUU